CCCGGCUGGAGGGGAGCGGGCAGGGAGGAGGGUCCUGGGACUGCACUGCAUAGAUGCUGGGGCUCUCUCUUGGUGAGGUGAAGGCGCUGGAGAGUCCUGAGUUGGGGAGGUCACGCUUGGCCCCAGGUUUCCUCCUGGUUUCUGUGCAGAAAAUCCAGAGACCCAUGCAGCAAAUGGGCAGGAGACAGCAGCCUGGAGGACAGUACUUUGAGAAGUGCUGGAUUCUGGGCAUGUCUCAAAGGUUGGUCAAGUGGGCAGCUUUUCCGUGGGCUGGCGACAGGUCGCAGGAGAGAGGGAACUCCAUGGUGCCGCCACACUGGGUCCAGCUGCUGGGCAUGCAACGGCGCCUGACGUGGGAUGGGAAAGCUGGCCGGGGCAGCGCUGGCGGGAAGAUCACGCGCAGCCUUUCAAAAGAAUGUGAGAUGGAAUCUCGGUGUGUCUGCAGCUCUGGACCCUGCCUGGGUGAGAGCAUCCCUCGGUCUGCUGCUCACAGCUCCCCUUCCACGCCCACCCGCAUCUCCUCCCUGGCGCUUUCCUCUCCAGCUUGUGUUUCUGUAUCCCUGAGCCUGCUGCCAUUGCCAAUUGCUAUCAGAACAUCUGCAAAGCUGUGUCCAUCCUCCCCGUAGGCCACAUCUGCAGAGCAGUAAACACUGCCCGGAGAGGAAACUCACGUGCAGCUCCAUGGAGGAGGCAUCAACUGCUUUCUCUACCUUUAAGGAGGGCAAUUUCUCAAGCUCUGUAAAAAGCCUUUAAAUGGGUGUGAUGUGACCUAGAAAUUUCAUUUCUAGGAUUUUGUCCUAAAAAAUAUAUAAAGAUAUAUGCAAAGAAUUAGCUAUAAAUAUGUCCAUCUCUGCCUUAUUUGAAAUAGUAAA